CUGUACAUACAGCCACUUCACAGCGCAUCAUCCCCCCAGCCUUUUUCUUCCAUUCUCCCGGAAGUCUCUCCAGCCCCGGCCGUCCCUCUCCAAAAGGCAGCCACCCGCACACCAACCCGAGCGCAGGCGAGCCGCCAGCCAAAUGGCACCUCACACCACCACCGCGGCGGGAGGCGGCGGCGGGGGCGACGAGGAGGUGUCGGAGGCGGCCGCGUCCCCGGCGCUGCGGCACCGCCACGCGGGCAAGGGCGCGGGCGAGGCCGGGGACGACGAGGGGAUGUGCGGCAAUGGCACCGCCGGGGCGGGCGACGCGGCGUCGGUGGAGCGGGUGUUCGCGGACAAGGCGGUGCCGUCGUGGCGGGAGCAGCUCACGCUGCGGGCGUUCGUCGUCUCCGCGCUGCUCGCCGUCAUGUUCAGCGUCAUCGUCAUGAAGCUCAACCUCACCACGGGGAUCAUCCCCUCGCUCAACGUCUCCGCGGGGCUGCUCGGCUUCUUCUUCGUCCGCAUGUGGACCGCCGCAGUCGAGCGGAUGGGGUUCCUCCGCCAGCCCUUCACGCGCCAGGAGAACACCGUCAUCCAGACCUGCGUCGUCUCCGCCUACGGCAUCGCGUUCAGCGGUGGGUUCGGCAGUUAUCUAUUUGGAAUGAGUGACAAAAUAGCUAACCAAGCAACAGAGGCUAAAGAUGCUAAUAAUAUAAAGGACCCACACCUUGGCUGGAUGAUAGGGUUCUUAUUCCUUGUCAGUUUCAUUGGGCUAUUGGCACUUGUGCCCCUAAGAAAAAUUAUGAUUGUUGACUACAAGCUGACCUAUCCAAGCGGCACAGCCACUGCAUAUCUCAUCAAUGGUUUUCACACACCUGAGGGCGCCAAGCUUGCAAAGAAGCAAGUAAAGACACUGGGCAAGUACUUCGUCUUUAGCUUUUUCUGGGGCUUUUUUCAGUGGUUCUACACAGCAGGGGAUGACUGUGGAUUCAAAAAUUUCCCAACGUUGGGUCUUGAAGCUUAUAACAACAGGUUCUUCUUUGACUUCUCUCCUACAUAUGUUGGAGUUGGCAUGAUCUGCCCAUACAUUGUGAAUGUGUCUGUUCUGCUGGGCGGUAUCCUCUCUUGGGGUGUAAUGUGGCCUCUCAUUGCCAAGAAGAAGGGGAGUUGGUACCCAGCUGACGUUGGAGACUCAAGUCUACAUGGACUGCAGGCUUACAGGGUUUUUAUUUCCAUUGCUUUGAUUCUUGGGGAUGGUUUAUACAACUUCAUUAAGGUGCUGAUCCGCACAAUCGCGGGCUUCAUAUCAAUGGUUCAGCAAAAUUCAAAAAGCAUGCUUCCCGUUUCAGACCAUGGCAGUUCCAUGUCCACUGCUGAAGCUGUAUCCUUCGAUGAAGAACGUCGCACUGAGCUUUUCCUGAAAGAUCAAAUUCCCAAGUCAGUUGCAUAUGGAGGCUAUGCCGCAGUUGCCGCUGUAUCGAUCGGCACCCUUCCUCAGAUCUUCCCGCAGCUCAAGUGGUACUACAUUUUGGUUGCCUAUGUCGUGGCACCUGUGCUGGCCUUCUGCAACGCCUACGGAAGUGGCCUCACCGACUGGUCUCUCGCCUCCACCUACGGCAAGCUCGCCAUCUUCGUGUUCGGCGCAUGGGCCGGCCUCGCUCAGGGCGGCGUGCUCGUCGGCCUCGCGGCGUGCGGCGUCAUGAUGAGCAUCGUGUCCACGGCCUCCGACCUGAUGCAGGAUUUCAAGACCGGGUACCUGACGCUGGCGUCGCCGAGGUCUAUGUUCAUCAGCCAGGUGAUCGGAACCGGGAUGGGGUGCGUCAUCGCGCCCUGCAUCUUCUGGCUGUUCUACAAGGCGUUCGGCGACAUCGGCGAGAGCGGGACGGAGUACCCGGCGCCCUACGCCAUCGUGUACCGCAACAUGGCCAUCCUCGGCGUCGACGGCUUCGGCUCGCUGCCGAAGAACUGCCUCACCCUCUGCUACAUCUUCUUCGCGGCGGCGAUCGCCAUCAACCUGGUGAGGGACCUGACCCCGAACAGGGUGUCGAGGUUCAUCCCGCUGCCGAUGGCGAUGGCGAUCCCCUUCUACAUCGGGUCCUACUUCGCCAUCGACAUGUUCCUGGGCUGCGCGAUCCUCUUCGUGUGGGAGCGGCUGAACAAGGCGAAGGCGGACGCGUUCGGCCCCGCGGUCGCGUCGGGGCUGAUCUGCGGAGACGGGAUCUGGACACUGCCGCAGUCUAUCCUGGCUCUGGCCAAGGUGAAGCCCCCGAUUUGCAUGAAGUUUUUGUCGAGAGCAACCAAUGCCAAGGUGGACAGCUUCCUCGGAUUGUCGUGAUUACAGGGAGAGCUACGGCAAGUAGCGCGCUUCAUCCUGUAAUUAUCGGCGCAAGAUGUUUUGCCAGGCGACUGCUUUGCAGAAAAGCAAGAAAUGUUUUGAUGUGGAGUGAUCGCAGCUGGUCCGUGCAGUCUCAAAUGUUAAGAGCUUGUACUCCACAUCCCUAUGCGGCAACGCCUUUUGAGCUCAUUCAUGACUUGGUGUAUUUCACGUUUUUCUUGAAAAGGAAAAAAAACAAUAGGCUUGUAUAUAAUCACAUUUUAGGCCUCGUUUGGAGUGCUAAGCUUU